AAUGGCCACAUUCGGUAACAGCCUUGCUGUGUUGGAGAGCCUCGUGCAUCGCUGCUCUUCACUCACAAUUCUUCAGUCUUGCUCUAGCACCAGGUUGUUUCUGACGUUGUUACUGUUGUUGUUUAGGGUUGUGGUGGUUCAAAGCUUGGCCCUGGGUGGAUUUGCUGCAGGCGUUUGCAGAUCGCGUUGCGGGGUGCAAUGCUUUGUGGAUGUGACGCUGGUCGGGUUUCAUAGUGAGGUAGAUCAGAUUUAAGGUUUUUUUCUUUUUGGAGUUUCAAGGUUUACGGACCAGAGGUGAGGUACACGCUUUUGGCAUUGUGGGAGAAAGUUUUUGACGAGGUUUAAUAGUUCCAGACACGAGGGCCCCUUCAAAGCUGCUCGUGACGGUUUUGAUAUUGUAACGUUACCUUGAAGGAUUCAGUAGGAGCUGCUUGCUAAGUGAGUUCCGAGAUCCUUCAGAAACUGACCUUUGUCGGGACAGAAAGUCGGGAGCCAUGAAGACGAAGGCAUUUCUUUGCAGGGUCAAGCAGCUACAUGAUUGAGGCUUUUGCGUGCACUGCAAACGGGUCACACGUCCAGCCUUGUGGCAAGGCCUGUGAGCAAUUUGCUUUCACAAAGGGGAAUCACCGGGGUUGUGGAUUGUGACGCACGGUGGGCUCCACCUGCGGUUCGGUUCGGGGACUACAGUUGCUCAUUCCAUGUGAAGCCGAAUGUGAGCAUGUCUCUUGGUUCUGUCAGAUUCAUGGGCAUUGGAAGUUUGAAGGAAGGAAAUCGAGCGGGACAACAUGGCGUGCGGUAUCCGCAGGCCAAACCUGAUGGAUCACCCGAAAAAGCCGAGUCUGACGCUAGGGAGCAAUUUCUGGAGAAAGCCAAGGCGGAAUCAGGCACUGUGGAGCCUAGGCAGUCGAUCGGGGAAACAACGACAGAGUUGAAGUUUGGGGUUAAAGACGGGAAGAAUACUGAAGAAUCUAUCCAUAAUGCGAGUGAAGAGCUUUUUAGACAGUCAGAUAUUAAUGCCAAAUCCGAUAAGCCUACUAUGAACGAGGACAACCGUGAGUAUUCUGAGCACCAGAAUUCGAAUCCCGAAGUCUUAAGUGAAGAAGGGGCCAGAGAGGACCCAAAUGGAAGGAAUGCCACCUCGCAAUCCCUCCUUGACGGUGCCAACAAAGUUGAACUCCGAGGCCAAGAAAACGAGUCAGUUCUCGGAAUCGGAGGAAAGGAUGCAGGUGGAAGUUCAACAGACGAAUCCACUGCAGCUGGAGAAAGAGCUCGCGAAAAUAUCGACCAAACUCGCAGCGAGAUGAGGGGAGGGAAGGCGCGGUCUCCUCAAUCGGGUGUGAUCGUCGGCAACGUCGCAUCUGCUGGCGCGAAUGCACUGGAGAAUGAGGGUGAUAUCCCGCAGUUCUCAAAGGAACAGGAGGAAACUGGAGCUGAGACUUUGGACAUUGCUUGCUCGUUGCAAGAUUUUAUGUCAGUAUUCGGGACGCAAACCUGCUGACUCGCCGGGUUAAGGUAGUUUCUCCUAAUCUGCCUUGCUGAGUGAGGCAGACGUUCACAAGGUGGACGUCCAGCGUUGGUUUGGAAUAAGUUGUGGUCUCUAGGGCUUUUGUACAUGAGAAGCCUUUGUCAAGGUGCAGAUUCAGCUCAGAUACAUUGUUUGAUUUUCCCCAAAAUGUUUAUUUACUAUGGGAGCACAGGUUGCAACUAUUUGAUAGGUGAAUGCCUUAAAAAUCGAAAACUUCCUAGAUAUGCUUAAGAACUUGCGAGUCUCUAAGUGAA